UUGAAUAUGAAGAGGUCUUACGCAGACUUCACCUCUACUGAAACAGUGGAAGAACUACAGAGUGACUUUGUGACAAGCUGCUCGAACUUGUGCCUAACAAGGCCAUUUUGCGUGGCUGUCAUCUUCACAAAGAGUACUGCUAGAUGUCGUCUGCAAAAAAUGUCAACGGCUGGAAUUAUAACGAUGAUUGAAACAGACUCCAAGUUCUACGAGAUCCAGUUUGAGAGGAGCGACAGAAAAAUAUACCCAGCCACCUGUUCUGAGGUGAAGAAAUGCUCGCCUACCGCUAGUGACGGGGAAUUUUGGUUGUAUCCAAGCAAAUUCAAUAGACAGAUUCCAGUCAAAUCAUACUGCCAUAACAUGUUCUCACCAGAGACAGCAGAAGAAUUUAUCACUCUACAAAAUACGAAUUAUUUUAUUCGGAAAGAUUUCUGCCAUUUGGAUAACGGUGACUGGUGCACUCGAAGUUCUGAACCGCUCAGGAGAACCGAGUUCAGCAAAGUGAAAAUUAGUAUUACGACGAUGGGCGUAGUUCAGGAUGAUUUUACAUUUGCUACUUCAACCGGCGUAAGCAAUCUCCCCGAUCACAACGUACCAUUUGGAACCACUAAUGAUUGUACAGCCGAGACGUGGUGGUACAAAACAUACGCCUUGUAUUGGUGUUCGAUAGCUGCUAAACUUCAAAUCGAUCUGCGUGGGUCUGGGGUAGUUGUUGCCAACUCGGUUCCCUGGGUAGCUUCAGGAUGGGCCACUGAAAUUCUAAAUUUUGACAGAUCUGCCGAUUCGUCACAGAUAUACUGCCUCGUCAUUGGAUGGUGUGGGGGUUGCGUACCAAACGGCACAAUAUAUCUGGAGUCGGUGUAUGAACCAGCAUCAGUAAAUUCAGCCGAGGUUUUGACCUGUCAGUAGGAGUCCAUUUUGGAUACCGAUCGUUCAAUAUGGUAAUAUGUCAAACUAACUUUUACAGAAGAUGGAGCUCUCUCAUAUACCCAACAGUUCCUAUGCAUUGCAUGUUGCCAGUUCAUUAAUGACAACAUUAUAGACUGAUGUGUUAAAAUGUUUGCAAACUAACAGUUCUUUCGCUUUUUAUACACCUUAGAAUCCUCGAACUUGGGUUCAUAUUGCCAUAUAUGUUUUAAAAGAACACUCUUUUUCUAAAUCAUUUUCAACUGCUUAAUACUAAGUAUUGAAAAGGUAUUAGAAAUUACAGCUGAAAUGCUAAUUUAUUGACACAAUGACAAAGAAGGAAAGUGUCAUUGCCAAUAACUUGUGACAACUGGUAUGAUUGUAUAUUAAACAUGAUGGGCUAACGCAGAUGUGAUUAGACUAUGUAAAUACAAUGUCAGCACUACCAUAUAAGUGGAACUGUGUGUUUAUGUUCCAACCUUGAUCUAACAGACGCUGCAAAAUAAGAACUGUACCACUCUGCACAUUGCAAAACCUGAAAAAAAAUGGCAAAAUUGAAACAUUAUAUUAUCACUUUUGAGAAUCAUAAUUCAUACGGGAUAGACUUGAGGGAAAUUUUUAUUAAAAUAUAAGUCUACCAUGGUUACAUGUGAUAAUGUGUGUUAUUCUAUUACAUGUUAUAAUUAAUUAAUUUAUAUUAUCUAUAUAAUUAUAUAUUUAAAACUGAUAAAUGAAUAAAAUAUUUUGAUAUCUGCUUAACAGUUAAAAAUAUAAAAUAAAAUAAAAACAAGUUAGAAGGGCUGGAUGGUCGGGUCUAUUUUCGACUCUAUCGUUCUACUUUUUCAGAAGAGCUGAGCAAAAUAAAGAUUUUUAACAACAUUCAAUUAAUGCUGCUCUCGCCCCAACGGUCGCACCGUAAAACAUAUUAGUUUAACAUUUCAUAUCUUAAAUUUUAGGUUUAAGGUAAUUUCUUGAUCACCCAGCCCCCUAAAAGACUAAACUUUAAUACGUUUUCAUACAACUAACCUUAGAUAACAUUAGGUUAUUAGAGUUACCGUUCUUUAGCUCUGUAAAGAUACAUACGAAAAUAUUUCAAAUGAUAAAAUUUCAAAGCUAAACUAUUUGAAAAAUUCUUUGCCCAAUAUUUAAUGUGAGCUUUAAAAAACAUAUCUAAAAAUUUAGUGUAAGAGAAACAUAUGCCAUGAAUACUACUACUCAUAAUUAACAAAGGUCUUCAUCGUCGCCCGAGUCAACAAUUGGGGUACUUUUCUUUUGUAUCGGUUGUACUUUUAUAGAAUUUACUCUAAAGGUGUUUUCUCUUUGAACAGCGAAUUCAUCAAAAGCUAUCUUUUACGUUUUAGAUGUUAUGUUUGAUAAUAAAUAUGGGAUUAUAUCUUGAUUGUAAAUGUGACAUGUAUGAUGUGUGUUAUUGUUAUUAAAUGUUGAUAAUGUUGUAUUUACUUUGAAAGGUGUUGAUAUAUUUGUGUCGUAAGUCAAUAAUAAAAUCCAGAA